AUCACAAUUCUGUUGAAGCUGAUUCCAGCUUAAGUGUUUUGCAAGAUGAAUUAGUAGUAAAUCAUAAUAUAAUGGAAAAAAGAAGAGAAAAGUACACUUACUACAAAAAAAAAUUUAAUGCUGCAUUAGAACUAUACCAACAAGAGAUGGAUAAUGAUAACUUCGUAAAAAAUUUUGAUGCAUUGAUGGUACCAUUAUUGAAAGAGAUCGAAGAAUGCGAAGCAGCAUUACAAGCCCAUAAACAGCAAGCUACCUGGAAAUCCAAAGGAAAACUUGCUAUUUGGUUAC